GAGAUUUUUCACUGUCGAUACUCGUUUGUCCAGCAGGUUGACAUUUUCUGUGAACGAUUAAACAGAAGUGGACUAAAAACAUAUAAUGGACAAAAAGUCCUGGUUUGGUAAAUCCAAUAAGUCUGCUAGUGCAUUGUUGGAAAAUGAUUGGCGUAGCAUUAAGUGGGGUGAGGAAGACAAAAUAAGAAAAGAUCUGAAAGAGAUGAAGGUUAGGAACCCAGAAGUCCAGCAUCUGCGUAUUCUGGUCCACGGUCCAGUGGGAGCAGGGAAGUCCAGCUUCAUCAACUCCAUCGACUCCAUCUUCCAGGAGCGCAUGACUAGUAAAGCGAUAGCCCAAACAGCAACUGAACGCAGUUGUACUAAAAUAUUCAAAGUCCACGGUAUCAGAGACGGUAAGACCAGAGAGUUCCUGCCCUUUAGCCUGUGUGACAUCAUGGGUCUGGAAAAGGGCCCUACUGAAGGCCUGCAUCCUGACGACCUCAUCAAAAUUUUAAAAGGUCAAAUAAAAGAUGGCCAUAAGUUUAACCCUGUGAGCUCCUGUUCAGAAACGGAAGAGAACUUCGUCAGCAGGCCCACUCUGAGUGAGGAGAUUCACUGCCUUCUAAGCGUCAUUCCAGCGGACGUCAUCGGUCUGAUGAAAGAUGAGGACUUUACAAAGAUGAGGCAAAUUAAAGAUCAGGCUAAUGACAUGGGAAUCCCUCAGCUUGCAAUGCUAACAAAAGUGGAGCUGGCCUGUCCAGAGGUCCUGAAAGACUUAAAAGUGGUCUACAAAAGCAAGAAGAUCAAGGAGAAGAUGCAAGAGUGCAGUAACAGCCUGGGAGUUCCCAUGAACUGCAUCUUCCCAGUGAAGAACUACCACGAGGAGAUUGAUCUGAACACAGAUGUGAACGCACUUCUGCUGUCUGCACUGACACGCAUCCUCGAUUUCGCCAAUGAUUACGUGGAAGAUAAGAAGCCUCCUGCUCCUGCCAACAGGAAGAGCAGCAGCGAUGAACAGCACAAGUCUAGACUCUACCCUGACCUUACACACUAACCAUCAGCACUAGACUCUACCCUGACCUUACACACUAACCAUCAGCACAAGACUACAAUAGACUCUGCCCUGACCUUACACACUAACCAUCAGCACAAGACUAGACUCUACCCUGACCUUACACACUAACCAUCAGCACUAGACUCUACCCUGACCUUACACACUAACCAUCAGCACAAGACUACAGUAGACUCUACCCUGACCUUACACACUAACCAUCAGCACAAGACUACAGUAGACUCUACCCUGACCUUACACACUAACCAUCAGCACAAGUCUAGACUCUACCCUGACCUCACACACUAACCAUCAGCACAAGACUAGACUCUACCCUGACCUUACACACUAACCAUCAGCACAAGUCUAGACUCUACCCUGACCUUACACACUAACCAUCAGCACAAGUCUAGACUCUACCCUGACCUUACUCAUUAACCAUCAUCACAGUCUGGCAAGCUUCCUCUGUCAGUCAGACCCAUAAAUGGGUGGAAUAAUGUCCCAAGAGUGUUCCCUUGAGGUCGUAAUACUUUUGUCAAACCAUAAAAUCACCUCAAACCAUAAAGGAUUAACUAUGGUCAAAGGACGCCGUAAAUGUGAAACUUCUAGAUCUAAAUAUCCAGUUGUCACAGCUAUCAUGAAUGGGUGUUUGUUAAAUCAGAUAUUCAGUGGAACGGAAAAUUGUUUGCUGGGAAGUGACUUAUUUAUAGCCUACAUGGAGCAUCAUAGCUUUCCCCCAAAGUAUUUUAACCAUAAUGAAAAUGUGUCACUGUUUAACAAAGACCAGGGAGUAGGAAUUCAGAUGUUCAGUUCUUUUAUGUCUGUGACCUGUGAAGGCCUACUGAUGGCAAAACAAACCAGCAGCUUUGUCAGAGUCCUAACGCUAUUAGCCUUUCAUAGAUUUAGCAUAGAUUUAGUUACCUCAGCCAAGGAGAUUAUGUUUUUAUCGGGGUUUGUUUGCUUGUUUGUCUGUUUGUUUGUUUGAUAGCAAGAUAACUCAAAAAGUUAUGGAUGGAUUUCGAUAACAUCUUCAGGAAAAGUCUGAAAUGGCCCAAAGAACUAACUAUUACAACUAGCCUAUUACAUUUCGGGAGUGAUCCGGAUCACCGUCUGGAUCCAGGAGACGCGAGGUGGAGGUCUGUGCUCUCGGAGUGCUUUUCUAAUUCUUCAUGCUUCAUUUUUAUCAUAAUGUCUUUCUUCAUAUUUCAUUUCUGUAGAACAGGUGAAGGGGAUAAAAGUACAAAUCAUAUCUGGGCCGCAUUUACAGUGACUAUCGUUCAAUGGAACAUACGUUAUCUUUUACAUCAUAAAGCCUAUCAACACUAAAAGCUAAGACAGAUAUUCAAACAGUUUUGGAAGUUUGUUUUGCUUUAUAUACUCGGUUUUGACUUUAAUAUAAAAGCGUGUAAGAAAAUAAUAAACAUCUAAUA